UGCUCUCUGAAAAUGUCUGACAACAAUAGUCAGUACUCUCUAUCUCCCUUUUACGCCAUUUUUCACUCCCAUUUCGCGUUCCGAUCUCAAUUCUCUGUUUGCUCCUCGGCAUUUCCGAUCAAACUUCUCGGCCGUCUCCGGUUCCAGCUGCCGCCGUGUUUGGAUUAUACAGUUUAUGAGCAUAAAACAUGUCGUCUCCAAGCAAGAGAAGAGAAAUGGAUGUUAUGAAGUUGAUGAUGAGUGACUACAAUGUGGAGACAAUCAAUGAUGGGCUCAAUGAGUUCAACGUGGAAUUCCAUGGACCGAAAGAAAGCCUGUAUGAAGGUGGGGUCUGGAAGAUCCGUGUCGAGCUCCCAGAAUCAUAUCCCUAUAAGUCUCCUUCGAUUGGGUUCAUCAACAAGAUAUAUCACCCAAAUGUUGACGAGAUGUCUGGAUCUGUCUGCUUAGAUGUCAUCAACCAAUCAUGGAGUCCUAUGUUUGAUCUUUUAAAUGUUUUUGAAGUUUUCCUUCCCCAGCUUUUGCUGUAUCCGAAUCCAUCAGACCCACUUAAUGGUGAUGCCGCUUCCUUGAUGAUGAAAGACAAGAAGCAGUAUGAUUUAAAAGUGAAAGAGUACUGCGAAAAAUAUGCAAAGAAGGAGCACAUCACCAAUCAAGCAGAGGAAGAUAGUGAUGAUGAGGAGAUCAGCAGUAAAGGGAGUGAAUCGAGUGAUGAUGAGAUACCAGGGCACGUGGAUCCGUGACAAAGUAAUCAGGGAUCAUAUACUGCAGAAUAGCACUCUAUAAUGGGAGGGUGAUCAGAGGAGGAACCAUUAUUGUAUGUCGCCUCUUUCACUCCCUGUUCAGUUUGAGCAACAGAUUAUUCGAUUUGUAAAUCGGGAGGUGAAAUAUUAGCUGUUCAUUAUAGGAAAGCAGACGGAGAGUUAUUAAGUGAAAAUUACUGGUUUUGAUGGUGGUGAUGGGCUCAGGAGGGAGCUCGGGUUCACUUUCUCUAGUGAAUCUAGACUAUGUUCUUAGUUUUCUCAUAAGAUAAUAAAGUCGCAUUCAAAUGGUA